AUGAAAAAUUUAACCUAUUUGAAUAUUGAUUGGAAUAAAAUUUCAGAAAAGUCUAAAAUUAUUCUUUCUGGAAUGAAACACUUGAAAAUACUUGCUGCUAGCGGAUCUGAAAUUGAUAAAUUUAGUCGAUUGGAUCAAUUGACUGAACUAAAUGUCAAUUGGAAUCGUUUAAAAGAUGAAGAUGUAGAAUCUAUUGGAAAUUUGAAAAAUUUAACUUUAUUAGAAUUGAGUGGAAAUGAAAUUUCUAAAAAUUCAAUGAAAUUUAUUAGUCAGCUCUCAGAAUUAACAAAACUUUCUGUGGGAUUGAAUUCAAUUGAAAAUGAAGGAAUCAAUUCAAUAAUCAAUCUUUCAAAAUUGACUUGUCUAAACAUUAUUAAUGCAAAUAUUACUUCAGAAGGUGUCAAAUUAAUUGGAAAACUAUCAAACUUAACCAUUCUCGAUAUUAGUGGAAAUUUAAUUGGUGCUGAAGGAGGUCAAUACAUUGGAGAAUUGAAGAAUCUCAAAACACUUGUGGCAAGUGAUAAUGAACUUGGAGUGCUUGGAGCAAAGAGCAUUGGAGAAAUGAAUCAAUUAACUUCACUUUGUUUGAUAGGCAAUUCUAUUGGAAAUGAAGGAGCCAAGUAUAUUUCUCAAUUAAGCCAAUUGACUGAUCUUGAUUUGGGAAAAAAUGAAAUAGGUGAUGAAGGAUUUAAACUACUAGCAAAACUUGAAAAGUUGACAAAUUUAGAUUUGGUUUCUAAUAACAUUUCUGAUUUGAGUUCGACUGGUCAAUUGGGUUUAUUAAACUGCCUUGAUGUCAGAAAAAACAAAAUAGAGGACAAGGGCAUAAGAAAUAUUUGUCAAUUGAGUGGAUUGCAAUCACUUCGUCUUUGCGCAAAUCCAAUCACUUCAGAAGGAGCCAAAAUAUUAUCAGAAAUGGUUCAAUUGACCAAUUUAUCAAUAAGUGAGACCCAUAUCGAUGACGAAGGAGCCAAAUUUAUAGCACAAUUGACAACUCUGAAAUAUCUUGAUAUAAGUACUAAAAGAAUAACCGCGAAUGGUGUCAAAUUUAUUUGCCAAUUAUCGAAACUAAUCUCACUCGAUAUUAAUUGGAAUAAUAUUGGAGAUGAGGGAGUGUUAUAUAUUAGCAGAAUGCAACAAUUAGAAACACUAAAUGCUGUUUAUUGUAAUAUUGGAUUGGAAGGCGCAAAACUCUUGAGUGAAAUGGAACAAUUGACCGUACUUGAUGUGAAAAUUAACAGGAUACCUGGAGAGGGAAUUCAAUUAUUAGAAAAUAUUGCACGAUUUAAAUCAUUAGUUGUGUAA